GAUUUGAUUUGACUUGACUCCCCCACAACAAAAACAAACACGAUCCACUUCCAAGGCCACGGACGUUGCUUUACGGUUCGUCUCGCUUAUUCCGGAGCCUCCAUCCGAUUUGCAUUGCACCUGAUUGUGCCUGUGUUCACCUCUAACCGCGCUGUACUUUACCACUCAAAGCCAAGCAAUCCGCUUGCUUUGUCACCGAGUCUUUCGGUGGCAAAAAAAGAGGGCUCAAUAUGUCACCGUCACCAACAAACCCAAACCCCUCAAUGCGUCCCGUGCCUAUAAUCCGCAGUAGGACGGGCUGUUUUACCUGUAGGAAGCGCAAAAAGAAGUGCGACGAGAGGUACUGCCAACCACUCUCCAAACAGUCAUCUUGACUUGACUUACGUGAUGAUGUAGUAAACCAAUCUGCAGCGGUUGCAAACGCAACAAGCUCGACUGUGUCUGGCCUGAACCACAGCCUGCCAAGGGACCAUCACGGUCUUCAUUUGGUGCUGCAUCUACAAGCUCACAACAGAGCGUUGCUUCGCUGAGACAAGGUCACGAUGCAGACUCGGUGAAUGACCCGGUGAUACCGGACCCGGUGCCGGAGGAGGACCGAGCUGCUGAGAAUCCCGAUGUACCCCAGAAUGGCGACAGUUCUCCGGUGCAUGGGCAAGGGGACACCCACAUGGUCGAUGCUGAAGCUGAUGUGGAUAUCAUCGAAGCCGUUGAUGAUGUUGAUCAGCCAUCUCCUUCACAGUCAUCCAACUCAUCAGACUCACCGACUGUUAUCACAACAUGGGAUGCAGAUACCGCCAAUGCUCUCACUCUCGCUCUGCCGCCGUCCCCAGACACAGGACUCUCAUUCAAUGGAGCCAUUACUAUGCCAAUGUCGAUGCUACCUGAGCAGGGACAUCAGUCAUAUGAGCUUCUCAGUUACUACCUGUCACGAACGGCCAAUAGCAUGGGCAACGGUUCCACAGACGUGAAUCCCUUCAUCGCCAAGCUUAUACCAUUGGCCUUCUCAAAACCACUUGUGCUACAACUCAUCCUCGCCCAGAGUGCUGCGCAUCGUCAGGCAUCAGCAGAGCGACAUCCAAGCGAUGAGAUCGCUCAGAGGUAUUACACCGACUCGCUGCGGAUGUUUAGGAAUGUCGUCGAUGAGUAUGUAUCCGGAAAUGCCGAGAACACCCUUGUCUUGACAGUCGGCAGUCUUAUCAUGUGUUUGACUGAGGUUGCCAAAGGAGACAUUCACGGCACAAUAUUUGACCAUCUAACAGCGUCCAAGUCAUUAGUGAGCACAUUACUCACAGGGACGCAGAACAUGGUGUACGACGACUUACCAGACUUUCUAAUCGAGUACUACAUGCAUAUCGCAGCCACCAGUAUGAUCUCGAUUGAUCCCCAGUAUAACUCACAGUCAUUACUCAGCCCCGAUAUUGAAGUCCGGGCCAGAAACUUGGUCGCAAGGAAGUAUGUCGGCCAACUAUGUGGCUGCUGGCUCGAAAUCCUCAUCCUGAUAUCCCAGAUCUUUCACCUAGGACAAGUAAUGUCUUCACCGACUGUCGAUGGAGAGAUCUCACCAAGCCCCGACAACAUUGUCAAUUUCGCUUUCCUUCAAUCUCAAGUAAUGGGCUUCUUCCCAGAUCCUUCUGUCACGCCAUAUACACGUCUUGCGGGGCUGGUAUGGAAACAAGCUGCCCUCCUGUAUCUCUGGACAGUCCUCGGGAAACCCCAUCAGCAACCUGAAGGCAGCUUCCAACGAGCAUUAGUAGAAUCGGCCGUCGCUGAAGCAGUUGCAUUACUUGACCAAUUUCCCGCUUCGGUCAGGAUAAAUACGAGUCUUUGCUGGCCACUCGCUGUUAUCGGGUGUAGCACGUCAGAUCCUUCAGUCCAGCAGGUCUUGAGGACGCGGUUGCAGACUAUGCUAGACACAAUUGGGCUGGGGAAUAUGAGACAAACACUGGUGCUAUUGGAGCAUAUUUGGGAGCAGCCGCCGGAUCAAGUCAGUCCUUGGAUGCUAUGUAGGGCGAUGCGUGAGCGUCAGAUCUGGAUAUCUUUUGCAUGAAAGGACAUCAUUAAUCUUAGAUACCCGCCUCGAUAUAUAAAACUAAGAGUCCUCGAGGCACAUGCAAUACAGAUGCCGUAUAUAUGACUGUCUCCACCAAUUCCUUUGCUCAAAUUGAGCACCCAGUUACGUUGGCCGCCGAAAUUGAGCACAUCAACGAGGCCACCCUCAAACCAUUUUCAUCACUCAUAUGAAGGACACUGCAUUGGAUCUGGUCAAAAAAACACGUUUCUAUUGUCUAAUUGUUCAAAGAAGGAACUCCCAAAUCUUCGCAGCCACAAGAAGUCCAUCAUGAUGCGCCCUUGCUCUCGUUAUACCUUCCUCAUACAUCUCCUUUGAGAAGAUCUGCUGGGCAUAUCUGGCCUCCAUAAUUUCUUGCAUGAUAAAGUCAUCAAACUCCGGAUGAGCCUGGAACGAGAUGAUACGCCCAGGCUUGUAGAGUCCUUGAACCUCGCACCUUGAGCUGCUGCCGAGACUGACCAGACCUUCGGGAACUUCCAGGACUGCGUCUCGGUGCAUUUGAUGAAGGCCCUGUUCUUUUGUUAGUGAGGCCUCAUGGAAAGGAUUGGUGGUACUUACGAGAGAUGAAACACCCAAUAGCUUCUGGCCAGUCUCGUUGAGGUUGAUUCUAUCAACACAAACCUCCCAACCACCCGGGCUCACCGCAACCUUUGCACCAAGUGCUCGUCCAAUGAUCUGAUGGCCAAAGCAGAUGCCAACAAUGGGCUUCUCCGUCGUCGUAUAAAUCUUCUUGACAAACUCAACAAGCUUCAAAAUCCAAGGGUCAUCAGCGAAGGAUGUGUGUUCUGCGUCCUGUUAGCUUUGCAGAUAUAACUUGAUAAAAAAAACUUACUGCUUCCGGUUAACAAGAAACCAUCAACAUCUUCAAUGUUUGGGUACUCUUGUGCUGUGACAACAUCCCAUUUGCUAAGAUCCAGGCUCACAUCCUUGCCCUUGUCACCAAGUGCUUCAUUCUUGAGACCCUUGGUAAGAAGAUCACGAAAGAUAUCUCCAUAAGAACCGCGCUUUUCAUUGACAGAAGGAAAAGGCGUAUCACACUCUAGAACAGCAAUUCUAUAUGUUCGAGUCAUGAUGACGAUAUUGUGUGAUGAUAGUGGUUUAGAUUAAUGAAGGUCAAAAAGGGUUCGUUAUCAAAAGAUAGAGAUAUUCAACGCCC